CAUAAACUGAGGCAACUUUUCUUAUCUUCGUUAUCAUUUGGUCGUGCUAAGAUUACAGUAACACAGUCUGGAGCAAUUAACAUUGUUUCAAAAUGGCCAGCUUACUUUUGUUUGCGUGUCUGGUGGUCUCUGUCUAUAGCGCCGUACACCACCCAGCAGGGGAACAUACCGAGACGGGCUCAAUCCACUUCUACUAUGACCCUUCACAACAUCACCUGAUUGCGGCGACUCCAUCCACGUGCUUCAUGGUAUUGCUCACGCGCGAGGAACAAGACCACGUUCACACUACCCUGGGUAUGGAGGAUCUAGAGUUAAAAAUGAUGCGAGAAUGGCUGGGCGUCCUCGCUGAGACGAAGAUUUACCAUGACACCGAGCACCUUCCGACCGGCGUUCACAAAUGGUGCGCGACCAAGGACCUCUUCCUGCUGGAACGCAACAUGACGGCCAUCCCCUCGCCAACGACUGGGAGCUUCGUUGGAUGAUUGAAAUUUUGUUGAAAUUUGAGACGUCUGAAUAUACACAGAGUCCAAA